UUGCACAAUCUUUGUUAUGGUGGAACCGUUAGAUCAACAGGCAUCUACAAUGUUCCAAGAGUUUUUGUUUCAGAUAAUUAUGCUAGAUCAAUUUGGAAUCAAGUACCAAGAAUUAUAGCAAUCAAAGAUGAAUGUGAUUCAUCAGUUCCAUUUGAGAAUUAUGCAAAAUAUGAUUAUACUUAUCCAAAGAAUCCAAAGUAUAUUCAGCUUCCUGAGCAAAUUCUUCCACAAGAAGCUAAAAAGUGUGCAUUGAUUGAUGAUCCAUAUGAAAUUCCUAAAGUUGAACCAGAAAUAAGUCCAGAAGAAAAUUCACAAGAUCAAACAGUUUCACAGAGUUCAUCACAAUCUGGAAACUCUGCAUCUUCAGAGACUAAUAAUUCAGCACAAGUUACUGAACUAAUCAAUAUUGAUGAAAUAAAACCUAGUCAAACUAAAAACACAAUGUUAACAUACAUCCUUCUUGCAGUUGCAGCAGCAGAAGUUUUGAUGGUUGCAGGAUUGAUUGCAUUCUUGAUUCAUAAGAAUAGAGAAGAUAGUUCAGAAGAGAGUUUCGUUGAAAUGUCAGAACAUGUUAUCACAAAUCUCUCUACCGAGAUUACAUUUACAAACCCACUUUUCUCAAUGAACACAACUAUUGAAGAUGAUCCAUUUGCAAGUGACUUUGAAGAACAUGCAAAUAAUGACGAAGGUUAUUUCGAUAACUGUUUAUGCGAUGAUGAAUAA